AGCAGGACUGGUUCACCGGUUCGAUUCCCUCCGCUGCCUCUGACACAUCUGGUUUGAGGAGGGGGUUUUCCCCUCAGUGUUCAGCCACCAGCUCACCUGCAGAAGAGAAACCAUGCGCUCCCGGUCUGCGCUCCCGCGGUUUACCUCCCUCCUAUUUCUCCUCUUCCUUCCCCCCAUUUUCUCCUCCCGCCCCCAGUGGAUCCUCCAGCGUGUCCCUGUGGUCCUCCCACAGAACUCAGAGCCUCGGCCUGCCCCUCACUUCCUGUCCCCGGCCCGUCUGGAUGUCAGCUCCCCCUGUGACCCCGAAUGCCACAAGAGAGCCACCCAGCCAAGCUACUGGGACCUGCGGCGUCUUCUGGCCUACGAGACGCUUCACUCGAAUGGUCAACUGACUGAGACCGCCAUUGGGAUCUAUGGCUACCAACCCAACUCAACCACCAGCACGGCCUAUUCCUCCAGGUUGUCUAAGAAGGCUGCGCAGUCACACGUCAGGAGAAAGCGUCAGAUCUUCGGCCAUGAUGGACGUUUUAGCAUAGCUGGACAGAACUUCCUGCUAAAAUAUCCGUUCUCAGUGGCUGUCAAGCUGUCCACUGGGUGUUCUGGGACACUGGUGGGGGACCGUCAUGUUCUCACAGCUGCUCAUUGUGUUCACGAUGGUAAGAACUAUGUGAAAGGAGCCCAGAAGCUCCGGGUUGGAUUUUUAAAACCCAAGCAACGAGACGCACAGUCUUCUUCCCUUUCCCUUCCCUCCAACUUCACCAACCGUGUCGAGGGUGGCAACACUCCUUACAACCCACCAACCAACGACAAGAUGAAGUUCCAGUGGAUCAGAGCCAAGCGCACCCAUGUCCCCAAAGGAUGGAUUAAAGGGAACGCCAACGACAUCGGGAUGGACUACGACUAUGCUCUGCUUGAACUCAAGAAACCCCACAAACGCCGCCACAUGAAGUUGGGAGUCAGCCCACCGGCUCAGAGGCUGCCGGGGAAACGCGUCCACUUCGCAGGAUUCGAUAACGACCGCCCAGGCCAGCUGGUGUAUCGGUUCUGUCGGGCUGGCGAGGAGACAUCCGACCUGCUGUACCAGCACUGCGAUGCUCAACCCGGGGCCAGCGGCUCAGGGGUCUACGCCCGGAUGUGGGAUGGGAGGCGUCGGCGUUGGGAGCGGAAGGUGAUAGGUGUGUUUUCUGGGCAUCAGUGGGUGGAGCGACAAGGGGCAUCUCAGGAAUUCAAUGUAGCGGUGAGAAUCACGCCUCUCAAAUACGCUCAGAUUUGCUACUGGAUUAAAGGAAACUUUGUGGACUGCCGAGAGGGCUGAGGAAAUGGACGCAGGUAUAGCUUCAUAACAGGCCCACUACAUUCCUCAUGACCUUUUCUGGAAUAUGGGGGCCACAAGAAUCCAGACUUUUCACCCCACUACUUGUAGCACUGACAUAAAAUUAACAUGAAAAUCUAAAUUUCAUUUGCUUGUUCUCAGAAGCCAACAUCAUAAAGACAGAUCCAGUAACAACACUAACUUAUGUGAACAGGAAGUCUUUCACUUCAUUUCAUUUCUGCUUAGUUUCCUAAAACAUGAGUGUUAGUUAUAUUUUUGUUAAGUGGAAAAACAUUUAGGUUCAGGUGGUUGUGCAGAACUGUGGCAUGUUUUUUCCGAACCCUUGGAACAUUUAUCUGGACAACAGUUCCUCAGAUCUGGAACAUGGACUGAUGUAAAAAGAUGUUUUUGGAAUAAAACCUAAGCAACGCGGCAGUUUGACUUUUCAUCAUAUCAUCUUUCUUGAGCUAAUACUAAAGAUUGCACUGUUCAAACUUUUUUCUACUGAGUAUGGUUUUUGUGGAUGAAUGUAUGUCAGCUACCAAAGGUGCCAACUCUCCAAACUAUCAUGUAUCACCUCUCAGUUGACACACUACUUAUCUACAGGCACAGUUUUCUCUGUCAGCAAAGUUAACCCUGAAGAAAGUUUUGGAUGUUCAACGACUGCAGAUGACUCACACCAAGGCUGCAAAGCACAUUUUGUUAAAUGUUGUACGUUAAUGCUUAGCUCCCCCUGGUGGCAAAGGUAAAACACUGCAGGUGUCCGUUAUGCAGACUAAGCCUGGGCCUAAAUAAGCACUUUUUACUUCCUCACACUUGUGACACUGCAUUAUUUUGUCUCUCAAACUGAAGACUGUGGCAAAUUUAAUGAAAUAUAUACUUUUGAAAUACG